GCCACUACCUCUCUCUGUCUCUGUCUCUCUUCCUCUCUGUCUCUCUCUUCCUCUAUCUCUCUGAGUUCUCCUCUCCUCCAGAUACUAUCAUGGCGCCCAAGAAGGCCAAGAGGAGGGCGGAGGGAGCGAACUCCAACGUCUUCUCCAUGUUCGAGCAGACGCAGAUACAGGAGUUUAAAGAGGCCUUCACCAUAAUGGAUCAGAAUAGAGAUGGCUUCAUAGACCAGAAUGACCUGAGAGACACAUUUGCAGCCCUAGGUCGUCUGAAUGUGAAGCAGGAGGAGAUUGAUGAGAUGCUGAAAGAAGCUCCAGGCCCCAUCAACUUCACCGUGUUCCUUACCAUGUUUGGAGAGAAGCUGAAAGGUGCUGAUGCUGAGGAGACCAUCCUGAAUGCCUUCAAGGUGUUCGACCCCGAAGGAAAAGGCACUCUGAAGAAGGACUUUGUUACUGAGAUGCUGACCACGCAGGCAGACAGGUUCUCCUCAGAAGAGAUGGAGCAGAUGUUUACUGCGUUCCCGCCUGACGUGGCCGGAAAUCUGGACUACAAAAACCUGGUCUACAUCAUCACACACGGAGAGGAGAAGGACCAGGAAUAA